UUUAAAGUUAUAUAAAUCAAAAAAGCAACAAAACAAAAAAAAAAAAAAUUCAAUUUUUUCGGUGAUUUUGCGAAAACUCUGAGAGUUUUGUUCUCCUUCGCAUCAAAUAUCCAGUAAUAUCCAGUAGAAAAAGGAAAAACAUUACAGCAGAGGGCGACAGCUCAACGGCCAAAAUAAAUUAAUAUCUUAUGGAUUGCUGGACGGGUAACGCCCGACUGGCGCGUGUUUUAGUUUAAGCAGCGUAAGCUGUCACCGACAUGGGCAGUGAGCACUACUGCUUGAGGUGGAACAAUCAUCAAUCCAACCUGUUAGGGGUGUUUAGUCAAUUACUACAGGACGGGAGUCUGGUGGACGUCACAUUAGCUUGUUCAGAGGGCGCUCCCAUCAGAGCCCAUAAGGUGGUCCUCUCGGCCUGUUCCUCAUAUUUCCAGAGCCUAUUUCUGGACCACCCCGAAAAGCAUCCAAUUGUGAUAUUGAAGGACGUCCGUUUCGCCGAACUGCAAACAUUAGUCGAAUUCAUGUAUAAAGGCGAAGUAAACGUGCAAUAUUGUCAGUUAUCGGCUUUACUGAAAACGGCCGAGUCUUUAAAGGUUAAGGGUUUAGCAGAAAUGACAAAUCAGAAUACAGCGCUGCGAGAACCAGAACGCGAACCAGAUCGUCUACGACCCCACUCGCAGCCACAUAGCAAAAGUAGUACUUGCGAAAGUCCUGUCGAUGCUUCAUUCGCAGGACCAUCAACAUCGGGCUUAGCUUUGACUGCCGGUACAACAACAAUCGCCUCAGUAACAACCGCCUCUACAACUUCAAUAACAUCAACAACAAGCGCCACAAGUUCCGCAAAUACAUCCGCAGCCACGACAGCAGCGGCAACCACAAUAUCCUCAACGUCAACCAGUUCAAGUACGGUAGGUUCAAAACAUCACCAUCAUCACCAUCCAUACCAUCAUCAUCCCAGCGAACGGUGCAGUCCAUCGCCACCUAAACGUUUGCAUUGUAAAUCGUCGUCAAGCGAUCAAGAAUCACCGCUACCACUGGAUCUCUAUCAGAGACGUAUAGAACAACAACAGCAGCAGCAACAACAACAUCAGGAUGAUUUAUAUGAGAACUCAAUUACGAACCAAAAUAUAGCGAAUGAAAAGCAAAGAAGCAGUACACCGUCUCUAAGUGCUAGUGGGACCAGUCAAAAGCACAGCACUGGCCACAAUCACGGUGGCAAUGACGAGAGCGGUGAAAGCGGUCUAACACAAAAAGAUGAACCCGAUGAUCGUGAAUUCAUUGGAAUUAAUUCGCCCGUCAGAUCAACCUCGUGCAGCAUUCACAGACCAACAUCCGAUGAACCAAUGAGCGGUAUCGAAAAAAUCGAAGAUGUUGAAGACGUUGAGUAUGGAGAUGAAGAAAUGGAUUUGGAAGAUGAUGGCGAAAAUAGUUGCGAAGAAGUGGGCUUAAAUAUGAAAAUUGGCAGCGGCAGUUUGGCCGCCGCCUUAGUGUCACCAAAUCUAAAUAUUGCGAGAAGUUUAGAGAGCGGGGGUGCAACAAUCGAGGGAGACUCGGCACGCUCGACACCCCUAACAAGCAGCGAUGCAUUAACCUCAGAGCAUAUUAGACGUCCAGCAUCGCAGGGUUCACGUGAACCGGGAGGCUUAGAGCGUCCUAAUAGCAGAAGCGGCGGUUUAUGCGGCUUGCCUUCCACAUCUGGCAGCAGUAUACCUAUCGCUCUUAGUCCCGUAUCUUCGGCAGCAGCAGCUUUAGGCCUAACUAGUAGUGAUACCUUGGCUGGACCUUCCGGUUUAGGACCGGUGCAAUCGGUACCAUUGUCCCUAAAAAAGGAAAUCGAUUGCAGUGAGGAUGACAACAGCAGUAGUCGCCAUCUGCAACCUCGUUCAGCAUCUGCUAGCGGUAUUUUAGGUGGUGAACUUGAUUACCGCACUUCUCAUGAAUCGCUUUUAAGAAAUUUCGGCAUGACCACCAGAUGUCCAACGCCGUUCGCGUUUCCAUUCUCACCUUUGGGUUUGAAUCUUUUUGAUAUUGAUCCGUCCAGAAUAUUAAGCAUGUUACAUCAUCAGUCCUGGUUUACAGAAGAGGCUUUAAGAAAUCGCGGCUUACUAACGCCACCGCCUACAUCAAAGGAUUUCGCCCACCGUUUAAAUCCGUUAAGUGAUUUACUUUCCAAAGAUUAUCAUACCAAUACAAUGCAUGUCAACACUGCCGACUUACUAUUGUCCAGAACAUCAACUCCAUUGGGAGCUGGUGGUGAUACUAACAAACAACAAUUGACACAACAACAGCAACACCGUUCCAUAACACAGCAACAGCAGUACAAACAACAACCACCUUUUAAUAUACGUUAUCCGUCACCAGCUGCAUUUUUCCAUCACCAGCAUCAACAGCAGCAGCAGCAACAGCAGCAGCAGCAUCAAUUAACACAAAAACUUCAAAAAUCCACGACCAGACAAAAUGCACCAUCACCCCAUCAAACAACUACUUUAAUACAGUCGUCACCUAAGGCUACCGAAAGAUCUUCAACACCACGUCAACAGCCGAACAUACCUGAGAAUGACGAUGUUGUAGAGAUAACUGCAACGGUAACAGGUACUCCAACACCACAUCAUGAUGAAGCUGCUGCUAUAAGAGAUCGUGAUAGCGGCAAUUCAAGUGCUGCCACGACAAGCUCAAUUACCUCACCCAUGCUUUAUAAGGACUCCUUGGAGCAAUUAUUGCAACGCCGUCGUUCGAAUACCUCGCUAAUUGGGGAAGCAAAUUUAAAACCUUACUCUCAACUUUUGCUUACAUCUAUGACACCACCAGACGCAACUUCAAACUGUAAAGAGAAAAGUAGUUCCUCGUCUACCUCAUCAACACCACCUCCCGCGUCCGGUACGCCGGGCCACGGCCUGGUGAAAAGUCCUUCCGAUACCUCGUCAUUAUUCAGUGAACCAAUUGAAGAGGAAACCCGUUGCAUUGUGUGCAACGCUCACUUUCCCAAUGUCUGGCUACUCGAACAGCAUGCCGCUCUGCAACACCCUAUACUCGGACCGGGUGACGAGAAACCUUUCAUUUGCGAACAAUGUGGUCAAUCGUAUCGGUAUCGUUCUGCUUAUGCAAAGCAUAAAGAACAAAAUCAUAGAGCUCGUUUACCAGCCGAUAAAUUGUUCACCUGUGACGUAUGCGGUAUGCAAUUUCGCUACUUAAAAUCGUUCAAGAAGCAUCGCCUUAAUCACGCCUUGGAACGCCUGCACGGCAAGAAAGGAUCGGGCAAACAUCAUUUAGCCGGCAGCAUAUUUGCGGCUCAUUUUCAACAUUUACAAGAUCAAGAUAUGCUGACAGGUUCGCAAGAAACUUUAACAUUAGCUGACAACGAAGUUGGAGAAGACUUACGCAUAAGCAUAAAGAAAGAGAAAGACGAUGAUGAUCAACAACAACAACAGCAAAGGGGGGCUGAAGACCAAGACGUAAAUACCGACGGUGUAGCAGUUAUGCACUACAACGAUAAAAAUAAUAAAACUGCGCCCAUCGUGGUAUCAAUGAAUGCUAACGAAGCGCAGGAUUUAAGCAGUACAGAUGGAAUUCAUAGUACAAAUAAGAGGCCUCAUCUUCUGAAUACCACUACAUUGCCACCACAUUUAGAAACUGAUCCCUCCUUUCAUCAUCAACAACAACGUCAUCAACACCACCAACAUCAUCAUCAUCAUCAUCAUCAUCACAGUCAGCAAUCAUCAACACCAUCACCAGCGUCACAGCAUCAUUCGUUGCCGCAACAUCCUACACAUCAUCCACAUAUAAUACAGCAACUGCCCGGCCAUUUGGCCCACAACAUGACAGCUAUAGCAGCAGCAGCAGCUGUUGCUACGACACCACAACAUCAAUUACAAAUGACACCGCAAACAGCCCAACAAGCUGCAGUAACCGCGUCCGCGGUCGCCGCCAAUUCCUUAAAUUCUUUAAAUUCUCUUAAUUCAAUUACAUCGCUGAUCAAUACAGAACGAUUGCCCAACGAGCAAUUUUUAGGCCUUAACCCACAAGAAGCAUCAAUUCUUAAUUUCCUGAGAGCAGACGCCGCUGAGCGCCAGAGGGAUAAAAGACCGCCAGCUUCGCGUUUUGCUUGUCCCUUCUGCGGCAAAUGUGUGCGUUCAAAGGAGAAUUUGAAAUUACAUGUUCGCAAACACACUGGCGAACGUCCAUUCGUAUGUCUAUUUUGUGGUCGCGCCUUUGGCGGUAAAUCAGAUUUAACACGCCACUUGCGCAUUCACACCGGCGAACGGCCUUAUCAUUGUGAAUCUUGCGGCAAAUGUUUUGCCCGUGCUGACUACCUCUCGAAACACUUGACUACCCAUAUACAUAAUGCGCCACGCUGAGAUGAGGCGCGAAGGAGAAGACUCCUUCGCAGAUAAGUUACAAUAGAACUAAAUCCGCAACAACAACAACGACAACAACACUUUCUUGCAAUAUACUUAAAACACUUUUUCAAUGAAUGGAUAAGGAACGUCCAAAAUGUACACGUAAGAAAAGAAAAUUCAAAAUAAAAUAUUCAUUGACUCCUGUAGAUUCCAGAUAGGAUAAGAAAGCGAACACGCUGAACACUAAUUCAAACGCAUAUGAACAAUAGAUUAAAAAUAAUUACAGGAAUAUUUAAUUUUUUAAUUUCUUUUUUUUUUUUUUUUUUUUCUAAAAACUGUUUCAAUUGAACACAGCAAAAGAAACCCAUAUGACAUGUCGACAACAAUUAAAUUGAGAGGAAAAUGAAAAACCUCAUUGCCUUUUAAAAGUUAUUAACUGAAUUAAUUGCAAAAUUUUCUGGUUUCUUUGUU